AUGGCUGACCCAGGCUUGAAUUCACUUUUAUCAUGGAGUAUUGAGAACUCCGAGGCUGGUCGAACCUCAGACCAACCGACACGUGAGCCGAAAGGACUCUCUGCAGAUGCUCUACGGGCAUUGAUGGGAGGCCCCAGUGAUGCCGACCUGAUGCGCGAAUCCAUGGCCAUCAUCGCCUCAGAUGACCCCGAAGUCACACACGAAGUGAAGAUGACCGCCUUCGACAAUUUCGAGCAGCUGAUCGAAAAUCUCGACAAUGCCAAUAAUAUGGAGUCCUUGGGCUUGUGGACGCCUCUGAUUGCUCAACUCGACAGUUCCGAGGCAGACUUUCGCCGCAUGGCAGCCUGGUGCAUCGGCACCGCUGUUCAGAAUAACGCCAAGUCACAAGAACGGUUUCUGGCCGUCAAUGGCGUUGAAAAGAUUGUGAAAGUCGCUUUGGAUGACCAAGACAAGACCGUGCGGAGGAAGGCAAUCUAUGCUUUGAGUUCCAGCGUGCGAAAUUAUCAACCCGCGAUGAACGAGGCUGUAAAACGGCUGCCAAAGGAGGUUACUGGACCCGAUCAAGUAUCGGCAGCCGACAUGGAUGUCAUUGACGCAAUUAUGGCGAAACUGAGGGAGGCAGAAUGA